GAUUGCACGAGACGUCUAAAGCUGACGGUGCGUGACGGGUGCGCCAUCCAAAAGGUGUUAUGGUCAUCGUUCGAUUACAUGAAUGGGCCAGAGCUGUGCUUCGUUUGGGAACCCGAAGUAUCGACGAGCCGCGCAUCUCCGGCAACUUUAGCGGCAGAUCUGGGACUGGGAUCGGGUAUGGGAUUGACGCCGGCAUCGAGGUCGGGUAAUAACUCGGAGACGGCAUCGAAGGACUCGAAGGAGGACACGUCAACGAGCAUGACGUCGUCGGUAUCGAAGGCACCGAGCACGAAUAAUUACGAGGAGAUUGAUGACGUGUUUAAUGAGGAAUUGCUGACGUGCGCGAUUGCAGAGUUGGACGUGUGUUCGGUAUGUUCGAGAAUGCAUUCGGGUGUUCUUUGCGAUAGUAUGAUAACCCCAUCGACGAUUUCACGGAAUGACUCAUUGAAUUGUGGCAGAAUUGAGGCGGGUGGAGACAGCCGGCUGGAGAGAAAUGUGCAUUAUUUGGAUGAGUUUAUGCGAUCGAGUGAUACGAGUGGUGGUGCGACGAAAUCAGAGACAACGCUGGAUGGAGAGGAGCAGGACGAGAGAGCGAUGGGAAAUAGUGAGGAGGAUGGAGAGGGUAGGAGAUCGCGUUUAAUGGCUAGUUUCGCAUCCGCGUCAUCGGAACUCGAGGAGAGUCAGAGCACGGCAACGGAGGAACUGCAGGAGGUGGCCAGAAACGAGUUCUUCCCGAAUACUCCGCAGGAUUUAUCGAUGCUUCUGAGAGGAGGGCAAGGCGCGGACGGGUGCGAAACGGGGGUGACCCCCUUGGAGGGGGGGUACAUCCAGGGGGGUGCGCAGUUGACGGGGUACGAGAGCUAUCUGGAGGGGGGAGGUCGUGGUCUUGGGACGUUUGAGGCCAACAUGCAUAAAUCUGAUUCGGUGCACACACAAGCGUCUAGUUUCUCGAAUGUUUCGGAAGACGGAGAGGGUGAGAGUGAAAAUAUAAUUGGAAAUCAAGAGAAGCCGACGGAAAAGACGUUGAAGAGUGUGAGAAAUGAGGAUGCGGAAAAGAGAAACGGUGCAGAGGGUGAGGGCGAUGAGCCUCAACAACAAGGUUAG